AUGGUCAGUGACUGUCCAAGAGACCAGUGGCUUUGCUCAGCUGACCUCGUCCGGCACGUGUCCUCAUUCUUGUAUCAGUCUGAUGUGUGCAGCCUGUGGCGAACGUGUAAGCUGUCUUAUGAGCAUCUCCACGUGGGUUCGCUCUUGUGGUUGCCGAACAUAUUCUUACUGGAUGGUGAUGAUGAGGAAAUCAACGAGCGUUUGGCUGAGGUCUGCCCAGAUUCGGUGAGGUUCAUCCGAGUUCCCAUUCAGAGUCCUCAAAGUGUGAAGGCUCUCCUUCCCUUUCUACCCCACAUCUCUGGGCUUGGUAUCGAAAUCUCAAGCGCUGCUGCAGCCGAACAGUUGAAGGAAAGCCUAGGGGAAUUCCGUGGCCGUCUGGAACGUAUUUGGGUGGAAUACUCUGUGGAAAUCGAUGAAUGUAUCGAUUACAUUGGGGAGAGCUGCAAGGAGGUCUAUCUAGCUUCUACUGGUUCAUCAUACAUAACUGUUGAGCUUGGUACGAAGGUUGAGGAGGUCGUCCUGGCCGGUAAGCUCAGCUGCAAGACGCUACGGUGUCUCGCGGCGUUACCUAGCAACCAGUUGAUCAUAUUGGACCUCUCACACUGCCGUUUGCCGCACCGUAUGGAAGUCAGUGUAGAUGACAUCUUGGAACGUCAUCACGGGUCGUUGAGCUAUAUGGCCUUCAAGUACUUCCCACUACCCUUGUCUCGUCUUGCUGGUGUCGGCGCGAGGUACCCGAGGCUUGUGUGUUUUCCCAAGCUUGUUAGAGGGCUCGACGUUAUGCAGGUGGUCCUCACUGAUCUGUCGCCGAGGAUGACCUUCAGUGCUCCUACUGGUAGUAGAGAGGACUACUUCUCUCGCUUUGACCAUCUGCCUUUGAUCGGUUGGAGCGAAUUUGGCGUUUUCGCUUCCACAUUGGCAAUCUUCGACUUCUGUGAGCUGGAGGCAACUUGGGCCUCUCUGGCUGGGGAAAUCAAGGGCUUGUGGGCAGCUGCGGCCAAGUCUGUUGAGCAGCUCUAUGGAGACUAUAGGAAGUACGUACCUGCAUCCAAACUGCCUGCAGCUUCCUUCGAUCUCGAGCUGUCCAGCGACUCUGGCUCCGCAGAAGUUGAUGACGAUAACAGCAGGUCUUCUACUUCGUCAGACCUUUGA